GGUUCUUCAUCAUUUUCUUGUUUCUCCUAUGAAUUUUCUGGAAAUCUAUUCACUACCCUUUUAUUUCCUUCAUUUUUCCUUCUGACCCUUUACUUUGCUUUCUCUGAUCGAAUCAUCACCAUCGUGAUCGUUAUUUUUCUUUCUGUGUACUUCUUUGGGGGAAAAACGCAUCAUAAAAGCCUGAUUGAUAUGGAUUUUCAGUCCUUUUUGUUUUCUUUUUCCCCCCAACCGAGGGGGUUUCUGCUUUUACGAUUCCUUCUUUCUUCGGGAGAUUAUUCUUUAAUAAUAGAUUACAGAGUUCUUAUCAGGAAUUGAGAACAAAUGAGUCUUGGAACUGAGAUGUUGGGACUUCUCCCUUGAUUAUUUUGUUGUUUGUGAAUUUGGUUGUUCGAGUGACGUGCGUCGAUUUACUACCAAAAAUUUCAGCACCUUAAUCUUACCAAUUGAUAUUCUAUCAUGAGUUCGAGGGAGACCUUGUUGUCCUUGAUCUAUAAAGUGAUCAAACUGAACUGCUGACAUAAAUGCAUUCUUUAUUGUUGCCUUCCCACCUUCUUAUAUAUAUUCGUACUUUUCUUUUACCCAAAAAGUUAGGUACCUUUGCAAAAGCCGUCAUUUCUUCUGGAAGAGCUUCACAGGAACAUGCCAUCUUGGCUCCUUUCUUGUCCCGCUUACACAGUACACAGGCUUCAGCACAAAAAGAGGAUUCAGGGUUUAAGGGGCAUGAUAUGCUUGCGCCUUUUACUGCAGGAUGGCAGACCACCGAUGUUAAUCCACUAAUUAUAGAAAGAUCGGAGGGUUCAUAUGUAUAUGACAUUGAUGGAAGGAAGUACCUUGAUUCUCUUGCUGGUCUAUGGUGCACAUCUUUAGGGGGAAAUGAAUCACGACUUGUGGCAGCUGCAACGGCACAAUUAAAUACCUUGCCAUUUUACCACUCCUUUUGGAAUCGUACUACUAGGCCUUCUUUGGAUCUAGCGAAGGAACUACUUGAAAUGUUUACAGCUAGAAAAAUGGGGAAAGUAUUUUUUGUGAACAGUGGCUCUGAAGCCAAUGAUACUCAGGUCAAGCUGGUGUGGUACUAUAACAACGCACUUGGAAGACCUGAUAAGAAAAAGUUCAUUGCACGCUCAAAGGCGUAUCAUGGUUCAACAUUAAUAUCAGCUAGUCUUACUGGCCUUCCAGCUUUGCACCAGAAGUUUGACAUUCCAGCUCCAUUUGUUCUGCACACAGAUUGCCCACAUUACUGGCGUUACCAUCUUCCAGGUGAGACUGAGGAAGAGUUCUCAACCAGACUAGCCAAAAACUUAGAAGACCUUAUAAUCAAGGAGGGACCAGAGACGAUUGCUGCAUUCAUAGCUGAACCUGUCAUGGGGGCCGGUGGUGUGAUUCCUCCACCAGCUACUUAUUUUGAAAAGAUUCAAGCUGUAGUCAAGAAGUAUGAUAUACUUUUUAUUGCCGAUGAGGUCAUAUGUGCCUUUGGAAGACUAGGGACAAUGUUUGGAUGCGAUAAAUACAAUAUUAAACCAGAUCUUGUAUCUCUUGCAAAGGCACUUUCCUCGGGUUACAUGCCUAUUGGAGCUGUUAUUGUGAGCCCCGAAAUCUCUGAUGUGAUUCACUCUCAAAGCAACAAGCUAGGUUCCUUUUCUCAUGGAUUUACUUAUUCUGGACACCCGGUGGCAUGUGCUGUUGCAAUUGAAACACUCAAGAUUUACAAGGAAAGGAAUAUUGUGGAGAAAGUAAAUAGCGUCUCCUCAAGAUUUCAAGAUGGUCUAAAAGCUUUCUCUGAUAGCCCUAUUGUUGGAGAGAUACGGGGGACUGGCUUGAUCUUAGGCACAGAGUUUGUAGACAAUAAAUCACCAAAUGAUCCAUUCCCUCCUGAAUGGGGAGUUGGUGCAUAUUUUGGAGCCGAAUGUCAGAAAAAUGGUAUGCUAGUACGUGUUUCAGGGGAUACUAUAAUGAUGUCUCCACCAUUUAUCAUCUCUCCUCAAGAAGUUGAUGAGUUAAUCAGCAUUUAUGGGAAGGCACUGAAGGCUACUGAAGAGAGAGUGAAGGAAUUGAAGGCUCAGAGGUAGCUCCAAAUACUUCACAACAAAUGGCCUGAGGGAACCUACUCUCAAGGAACAAAGAAGUCCUUGUCCCUGAUGGCCAAAUGCUCGAUAGUGGCGAAAAGUUAAUCAGCUUGUGUCUAAGACAUGAGCGGUACGUAUGCCUUGGAUGUUGUUUAGAUUUGUCAGUCAACUACUUGAUUCUUUAGAUAGUAUUGAAUAAAUUAUAAAAGCAGCUUGAUAUGGAUUUCAAUGUAAAAUUGUUCUUUUUCAGAUGUAUUUCUUAUAAUACAAGCUUUUGAGACAUUGAAUGAAAUACCCAUGAGAAGUGUUGGUUUCA